AAUCAUAGGUUGAUUUUGGUUUUGCCAAAAAAUUAAAUAAUGGUCAUAAAACUUGGACGUUUUGUGGUACUCCAGAAUAUGUAGCUCCAGAAGUGAUAUUAAACAGAGGUCAUGACAUUUCAGCUGAUUACUGGUCUUUGGGUGUUCUUAUGUUUGAACUAUUGACUGGAACACCACCAUUUACGGGUCCUGAUCCAAUGAGAACUUACAAUGUAAUUCUUAAAGGCAUUGAUGCAGUAGAUUUUCCACGUUGCAUUACUAGAAAUGCUGCUGCAUUAAUUAAAAAGCUGUGUCGUGACAAUCCUACAGAGAGGUUAGGAUAUCAGAAAGGAGGGAUUAAAGAUAUUCAAAAACACAAGUGGUUUGAUGGUUUUAAUUGGGAAGGACUUCGUAACCGAACUCUCACUCCUCCAAUUCUUCCAUUAGUAAGUAUUAGGUUUCUCUACUUAAUAAUGUCCAUUUAAAAUAAAUGAAAUAAUUGAAAGACUGUUUUUAUUCUAAACUUUAUUGCCACAGAUUAAAUUACCACUUCAAAAAUGUCUGUUAUUGAUAGUGACAGAGAAGAAUUUUAAAUAUUAUAAUUUAAAAUUGGUGGAAAAUAUAUUGUUAUUAGAAACUAGUUCUGAUGUUACUUUACAGAACUGAAGCAAAUAAAAUUUAUUCUAAAUAUCCAACUGAACUGAAGAAUCAGAUGAUGAGCUUUUCUUACCAUAUCAAUGCCUGAUUUUUCAAA